AGAGAGAGAGAGAGAGAGAGAGAGAGAGCAACUUUGUUACCAGGCAUAGCAGUGUCUCCUCCGGCACAGCGUGGUAUAAGAGAAGCAUUUGGCAGUUAUGGUUGAUCAGCGUUUCUUUCAUCCUCCCCGGUGCAUUAAAAACGACGAACGUGCGCGUAUUGAAUAGAUUCCCCUUUGACGGAUCUAAAAUAAAAAAGAUGCGCUGAAAUCUCUAACGAGCCUACAUCUUCAUCAAUGUGUGUGAGAUGACAUUGAGGAUACCUUAGCAGGACCGUGAGCUCGCCGUCAUUGCAGGAAAAUGCAUCUGUGGAUUUCAUAUGUUUUAUUAAGUGCAACAUCUGUAUGCACUGCUGAAAUGUUUGGCAGUUAUGGAGAGAUAUGUCAAAGACUGUGUGCCUGUGACGAGAAAGAGGGAAUACUUACAGUGGCCUGUGAAAACAGAGGAAUUGUAAGUCUCUCGCACAUAAGUCCAGUGCACUUCCCCCAGUAUCAUCUACUGCUGACAGGGAACCUUCUGAAAAAGCUAUCUGCCAAUGAUUUUGUUGAAUACAAAGGACUGACAAUAUUACAUCUGGGGAAUAAUGACAUAUCUGAGGUUGAAGCAGGAGCUUUUAACGGACUUCAGGGAUUAAAAAGAUUGCAUCUCAACAACAAUAAAAUUGAUGCCUUGAAGGAAGAGUUUUUCUUUGGCCUUGAAAGUCUGGAGUAUCUGCAGAUUGAUUAUAACUAUAUCACUCAUGUGGCACCAAACACCUUCAGCAGACUUCGACAUCUGGAGGUCCUGAUUCUAAAUGACAACUUAAUAUCUACUCUGCCUGUGAACAUUUUCCAGUAUGUUCCACUGACUCAUUUGGACUUAAGGGGGAAUCAGCUAAAAGUGCUUCCCUACUUAGGUCUGCUGGAGCAUAUGAACAGUGUUGUGGAGUUACAGCUGGAGGACAAUCCAUGGAACUGUUCCUGUGAGCUCAUAGCCCUUAAAACCUGGCUAGAGAGCAUAUCAUACACAGCUUUAGUCGGCGACGUUGUGUGCGAGUUCCCUUUCCGACUUCAUGGGAGAGACCUUGAUGAGGUUUCUAAACAAGAAUUAUGCCCGAGGAGAGCCAUCGCUGAAUAUGAGAUGCCACCUCUGCCACAUUUGAGCACCGAUGCAUACUACAGGACUACGCCGGCUCUAGUCACAGCCUCAUUCACUUCAUCCGGGAUUGCACGAUCCUCGUCCAGACCCACCAAGGGACCUCGCCAGUCAGGCAAAUUAAAAUCAAGACCCACUGCUCGCGUCCCAUCUAAUAAACCACAAAAUUAUGGCCAAAUUAUUUCCUACCAAACCAAAUCUCCUGUGCCUUUAGAUUGCCCCACUGCCUGCACUUGCAAUCUUCAAAUUUCAGACCUUGGCCUCAAUGUUAAUUGUCAGGAGCGAAAAAUCGAGCAAAUCUCUGACUUAAAUCCCAAACCGUACAAUCCCAAAAAGAUGUAUCUCACAGGUAAUUACAUCCCUGUGGUACGUAGAUCGGAUUUUAUUGAUGCCAUUGGUUUAGAUUUGCUUCACCUUGGCAACAAUCGAAUAUCUCGCAUAUAUGAUAGAGCUUUUGGAGAUUUGACAAAUCUGAGAAGACUGUACCUCAAUGGGAACUUGAUAGACCAUCUGACAACUGAUAUGUUUUAUGGGUUGGAGAGCCUGCAGUUCUUGUAUUUAGAAUAUAAUGUGAUAAAAGAGGUUGCUUCUGACACUUUCCAGCACGUACCCAAACUCCAGCUUCUUUUUCUGAACAACAACCUCUUAAAAACGUUACCAGUGGGAACGUUUAAUGGCCUGACAUUAGCUAGACUUAAUCUUCGCAACAAUCAUCUGAGAUAUCUGCCAGUCAGCGGUGUCCUAAAUCAGCUUACAGCUCUGGUGCAAGUCGAUUUGUUUGAGAAUCCCUGGGAUUGCUCUUGUAGCAUACUGGAGUUGAAGAUGUGGUUGGAGCAGCUUAGCACAGGCACUGUUGUAAACAAUGUCAUCUGUGGCUCCCCUAAGAAGCUAGCUGGGGAGGAUAUGAGAUACAUUAAGGCAAGUAAUUUCUGCCCUAAUAACUCUGAUGUACUUGCCUCCAUGAUUCCACCCUCAGAAGAAUCAUUUCCUGGCAGUACUAUCACUAUAGAAACAUCCUUGGACUCUGAUGCACAAAACACUGCUAUUCCCUUAUCUGUCAUGAUUCUUGCUCUUCUGCUCAUGUUCAUUGUGUCAGUGUUUGUGGCCGCUGGAUUGUUCGUAGCAAUGAAAAAGAGACGUCAAAAGAGUCAAAAUGAGCAGAAUAACUCCAUGAAUGCUUGCAUUAGCUCUCUCAAUAUGGAAUAUGGCCUUUACAAAAAGGGAUCAAUUCCCAAAGUAAGAACAUCUGCCGGACAUGUGUAUGAAUAUAUCCCACCUCCGACAGAACCGACCAGCAGGACUACUGCCCAUACCCCUACUGACAGCAAAUCAGUGGAUGGAUUUAGAGACUUUGAUGAGCUGAGCGGUCCGUUUCUAGGUAACUCAGAUGAGGAGGCAGCCAGUAAUGUUAUAAGCUCAGAAUAUAGUGCCACCACUCCAGAGCCUCUUAACAAGCCCUCCACCCCUCACCACAAUGAUCCAUGUUACUACAGAGACGUUCUUGAACCUGACAAGCACACACGUUACAGCAAUACGUUACCAUGCAGGCAUACGGCUCCCUCAUCGAGUCAGUAUACCUCAGACUUUGAUGCAAGACAUCAAUACAUGCAUCCUGAAAGAAUACAACAGACAAUACUGUACUGUACGUCACCAAGUACUGUUUAUGUGGAGCCCAACAGAAGUGAAUACUGGGAACUGAAAGCAAAGCUUCAUAUUGAUCCAGAUUACCUUGAAGUUCUUGAGAAACGGACAACAUUUACGCAGUUUUGAGUGACUGGGCCACCAGACGUCAAAGUGGAUGCACUCUUAUAACAGAUCUACUUUAAUCAGGAAUUAGGCCACUUUGAAAAAAAAAAACAAAACAAAAACAAGCAGGACUAUUUUAUGAUCGUUACUAGUUUAUAGCAUUGUGAGUUGUUGUAUGCUUUUCUGGGAUUCAUGCUUUAAAGGGUUCAGUAAUAAAAGGGAACACUACUCAUUUCAAAGUAUCACUAAACACUAUCCCUGUGGUAUUUAACAGCUGGGUUUAAAUGUGUAAAUAUGAGCAAGUAAGCAGAGAUUCAGGGCUCCUAUGAUUCAUCCUAUCAUAAAACACAUCCCGGAGCUGUUUCGUUGACAAUAAUGUGGGACUAAGCUUUUACUCUCAAAUUAGCUGCAUUUCAUGAGUGUUAAUGAACCAUGCAGAUAUGUUCUUAACCCAAAAUAAACCAGGUUUUUGUUACAGACAUAGCUAAGGCUCCCAAUUCUGUCUCCUCAAAUUAUUCCAAAUGAAACUGUACAUCAUACUAAAUCAAAUUUAUUCUGCAGUUAAAUUUAAGAGGAACCAUGGAUUUCACCUGUGUGUAGGUGUAUGCAGGAGUAGCAGGGCUUACAUAUUUUUUAGGAUGGAGUAGGCACAUUUAGAGAGUUAACUCAUCCUGUGUGCAAAGCAGGUCUGGGAUGAUGUAUUAAAUGUAGAAAUAAUGAAAAAUAUAUUCUGAUGUAAUUUCUCAUAUUAGCAAAUGGCAUAUAAUGGGGUCAGUAAAUCCUCUCUUUCUGCAUACUGCGGAAUUACGAAUUAGAUUACUCUAAAAAUAAACUCACCUAGUGCUUGAACGGUAAUCUGAAAAUUAGUGGUGUUCCCUCAAAGCAUCCCCAACAACUAAAACAACCUCCUACUUGUGGAUUACAGUCUAUGCACACAUGUUGCAUUUGUAUUGAGUGAAUACUGUGUUCCAAACUUUAAAGGUUGUGAUCACAGCUACAAUCAGAUGUAUUGAAACUGAAAGAAAAUAAGCUUUAAGUGUAGGUGUACAUGGUAUGUUCCAAGUGCAUAAUCCAUUUGUAGGUUUUACAUAAGAUUACACCUUAAAAAUACUUUCACUGAUCGCAGUACUUACAUUCGCAGUAGUUAUUUGUAGCCAUACCAAAGCACGACAUGACGAAAUCAGCUCAUAAUAUGCAAACUUUGACACUCAGAGGGGUUCAUCAAAGCACAAUAUCAGUCACAUUGCACCAUUGAAACCUCAUUAAUAAAUCAACAAUAACAUACCUACAACAUUUGUCUUCCAGUUGCAAUACAUUUGAGUAGAAUUGCAAUACAACAAGAAUUGAGUUUAUCUUAACUGCAGAAAUCUGACAUUCAAAUAUCUUUAAAACCUGUUGGCCCAUACAAACAUUCUUAAAAUAACUGCAUAUUUUUAUACAAAGGAAUAUCGGUGUGAAGCAUUUAUUAUUUUUUUCUUUUGGAAUAUUACCUUUCUUUCUUGUAUCUUUUUUGGUAUAAAAAUGCACUACUGACUUCUAAAGGUCAUCAAUGAUGUCAAUUUUCUGAAAUGCACAUUAGGGUAACAGGUGCAAAUAGCCAUAGAUAGGGUUUGAUAAAUGCAUACAAAAGUAAACAAUGCUUGCACUAUGCAUAGAUACAGAGGAAACACAGACAAUCUGUAUAAAACGCCCACCUCCUACUUCUUCAGUCACCAACCAAAAGUCACAGUCACAAUAUUAAUAUUAUUAAAUAGUAUUAACAUAAUCAUGCUCCAUAUGCUCAUUUCAAUUAAAAAUGCAUUAAUAUUCAAAGGUACUUUUGUGCCAUAUUUUGGAUAAUUCAUUUUUCUAAAAAUUGUAUACUAUAUAUAUUUAAUUACAUGUGUUUUGUAAGGAAUGAGUGUGUAUUGCAUUACAGUGAAAAACACAAUCUCAUUACUUGGUAUUGUCUGCUCAUCUUUUUUGUGUUGUAUCAGGCGUUUUGACUGCAAUUAGCAGUCUCUGUUACUUCUUUUAUAGAGUGAUUUAUGGGUAAUGCAGUAUAACAAAUGUGUAAAAAUCUCCAGGAGCUUUAGUUAUUAGACUGAAAAGCACAACACGAUGCAGUAGCUGAAGGGAGAGAGUAAUCUUUAUGCAUUAUUAACGUUCUAUACUCUAAAGAAAGAACAUCAUCCAUUCAUAAAUAUGCUUACUGAUUUCUGGAUCAAUAGUGUAAGCUAAGAAAUGUGACUGUCCUUGAGAGUUCAUAGAGAGUAAAUUCACAUUUUAUGCAGUAUUAGGCACUGAACCUGUCAUCUUAGCUGUGCUAAUUAAGGGAAUGGUGUAUCUAGACCCUGUGUGCAUGUCACCACAUUUUACACUAAAGCAUUAGUCAUGCUGAUAAUCAAGAAGACAGUCUUGUUUUGUUGCCUUUCACAUGUUUAAAGUCAUUUUGUGGUUAUUUUGUCACCUGACCUGUGUCUGCUCUCUGGAAAAUCAUCAGAAUAAAUGACAUUUGCACAGUGAAGCAUGAUGUAAACCUGCACAGGUUUGUACAUUGAAAUGUGUAAAAAAAAAAAAAAAAAAAAUCAGUGUGUUUCUGUGAGGUUAUUGUUGAAAACAUGCACAGGCAGAGACAAAAUGUUUUGAUUGUGAACAAUGGCCAAUAUUUCGCUUUUUAUUUUCUUUGAAAUUGAAUCUUUAAAUACAGAAUGUGUGAUAGAUUUUGUGCAGUUGUGAUAAUGGAAGCGAUGAGUAAACAGCACAAUGGAAAAAGUCAUUAAAUGCCAUUGCGUUUGGAGGAAAUUAGAUUCAGAGAGUCAUUUAAAUUUGUAUCAGCAGAUUGUACAAGGGAGACACGUGUAUAUAAGAAAAACUAAUCUCUUUUUUCACCGUUUUGUAAUCAGUGAAAAUGCCAACUUUUGUCAUGUGAGACUACAAAUAUUGAAUCCAAAAAUGUUCAAUUGAAAUGUGACUGUCCUGUGUAUAUGUGCAAAUGUUUGAUUUGCAAAGAAGAGGCCCAGUCAGUGUCUUAUUUCCUUCUCUCAUUCUUGCUUUUAUUUUUCUUUAUUUUCAUAUGAAAGUGAUUUUGUAUGUCAGACUGAUUUGUAAAUAGAACACUUCAUCAGCAUUUCCAUUGAAUUUUGCAGGAGCUCUGAAAAGCAAAAAACUCUGGUCUCUUAUUGCAAAAACACAGUACAACUAGGAAUAUGUGAGGUAAAUAUAUCUACAGUGUGCUGUUUCUUUAGUUGUUAGCUGAUGAAUAAAAGAUAUGCAUUCAUUUGGUA